AUUUGUCGCAACGCCUUUCGAAUCUCUGAGUUUAUUGCAAUGGACGAAAAACUUUUUCUGAAACAAGUAGGUUUUCGCACAAAGCUCUUUUUAUGUGCUGUAAUUAUUGUUUUGUUAGGUUUUAAUUUUUUUAUGGGGAUGAUUAAUAUAGUGCUGCAUUCAAUUAAACCCAACAAAUUUUACUGCAAAAAUUGUUUUGAAAGUAAGAGUUAUAAAACGAUUUCCAUAUUGCUUUUUUCUCGCUAUAUGGUGUUACCAGGCGAAAAAAUCAAAGGCGUAACUGUGGAACAGUUUUUUAACGAUAAAAAUACUUUACCACUGCAGAAAAAAAAAUUACCUCUAUAUAACGGAACAUUUGAAAAUAAUGGAACUUGGAAAUUUUCUCAGUUUGUGAGAUUUAAUGAAAUACAAUCUUUGAAGAAAAUAAUUUCAAAUUAUGAUGUAAUUAUUUUUCAUGUCAAAGAUAUGCCCGGAAGAAAAAUGCUCUUAGAGCUUUCAAAAUUUCGACCUGCGCACCAAGUUUGGGCUUAUUUCAAUAAAGAGUCGGCGUAUAAUACAAUAAACGUUGAACGAAAAAAUUUUGACGGUAUUUUUAAUAUGACAAUUACAACAAAUCGCAACUCGCACGUGUUUGCACCCUACGGGUAUUACGAAGAAAAAAAAAUAUCAUCGUCAAAUUGGCUAAAACAGUAUAAACAUCUGAUAAUUUUUAAAGUAACUGAAAGUUCUGACUUAGCGAACAAAAAAGAACAAGAAAACGAACUGUUAGAAAUGGAUCUAAGUUUUUUAGAGAAAGACUUGCCAAUUGCAUGGGUAGUGAGCCAUUGCAACACAUUUCGAGAUUUGUACGUAGAAAAACUCUUACAGUUUUUACCUAUUGAUGUUUACGGAAGUUGUAGUUUGAGCUUUAAACAGAAAAAAGAGUGCGAGAAAAACAGUUAUGCUUGCGAAUUACGUUUGAGACGUUACAAAUUUUCAUUGGCAUUUGAAAAUAGCUUUUGUGAAGACUAUAUUACCGAAAAAUAUUGGAGUGCUAUUUUCAGAGGUAGCAUACCAAUUGUUUUAGGAGGUUCAAACUACGACGAAAAAAUUGCUAUUCCGGGAUCAUUCAUAAAUGCAAAACUAUUUAAGUCCCCAGAAUCCUUAGCAAACUACAUUAGAUUUCUAUUGCAUUCCGAAUAUGAGUAUAACAAAUAUUUUGAAUGGAGGACUAAGUAUAUAGUUGAUUUUAAACCAAAUGAUAACCUCCGGUUAGAUAGAGUUGUUAGUGAUAUUCGGGAUGCUUUACAAUCCGGUUUUCCAAUAUCUAAAGGGGUGCCCCAAGAAGACCUUAUGGUCUUGUCACAGAGCACCGCGGAAGUGCAUUUAACCACAGGCAUUCUAUUAUUGGUAUUAUUAUUGGUUGUUGUAGAUGAAAUUAAAAGUCAAAUAUACUCUUUACAGCCAUCUAUAGUUAACAAAUGUUGUGGAAAAGUAACUCAGUUAUUAACAGAUACGCCUUUUUCGUUUACAUAUACAAUAUGCGGAGUUACUCCACGACAAAUGAACGAUUUGACUAAAGUGUCUGCUGGGCCCGAAAAUGAAAGUUCGUAUCAAUAA